AUGGAUAUAACAGUGACCGAUGCAACCAACGUACCCGAUAAAGCCUACUUGUCUAUCAGAGUUGGCGAGACCAGACGUCAAGCUCCUCUGCGCUUAAACGAGCCUUUGCGCUUUCCUUCGGACUCCCAAGAAUCCUGUAAAGUCGACCUCUUCACUCAGGUCGGCAGCAGUCAAGUAUCCCUUCAUCAGUUCCGAGAGGUUGGUGAACAGAAACAGUCGGUGAUCCUCCAUAACUUGGCUGGAGGACCUACCGUUGAGUUGUCUCUCUCGUUUAACCACACUGACCCUCAAGCCAAACAAAAGUAA